AUGGCCGACUCGGACUAUUCUUACGACGGGGAUGAGGUUUCUGGUGAUGAGUUUGUAGGAUCUCGGGCCAGCUCAAGCAGGCCAGCGCAGCCAGCAGGCGACGGAAGGCAAAUCACGAAAGAGCCAGCGCCCAAGCCAGCGCGCAAAGCAUGGGAGACUGAAGACUCGCGGACUGUCGAAAAGACCAUAAGACCCGUCGACGAUGAGGACAUGGGACAGAGUGUGCAAGAACGAGAAGAGGAGCGCAAGCGCAAACGAUUACGCAAAGACACAAAGCCCUUUCAAAGAGGCAUUAUACGGCACGUCGUUCUGGUGCUGGACCUGUCAGAGGCCAUGAUGGAGAAGGACAUGCGACCCAAUCGCUUCUACACAAUGAUUAACUAUGCACAAGAUUACGUCCGAGAAUUCUUUGAGCAGAAUCCCAUUUCCCAAAUGAGCGUCCUCGGUAUGCACGAUGGCAUUUGUAUACGAGUCUCCGAGCUUUCAGGCAACCCAGCAGAACAUGCAGCAGCAAUACUAGGCCUUCGAAGCAAGGAGACGGGCAAAGAGCCUAAGGGCGCACCCAGUCUUCAGAACGCCCUCGAACUCGCGCGCGCAACACUAUACCACACGCCAAACCACGGCACACGAGAAGUCAUCGUGGUCUUCGGCUCCCUCCUUUCUCUCGACCCUGGCGACAUACACCAAACUGUCAAGGCAUGUGUUCGCGACCGCAUCCGUGUCAGUAUAAUAGGCAUGGGCGCACGUCUCAAGAUAUGCCAGGAGAUAGUAACACGGACAAAUGCUGGCGAUGAGGGUGAAUACACAAUCGCGACGGAUCAGGAGAUGCUCAAAGAGCUCCUCAUUGCAACUACCACCCCGCCUGUUAUCCGCUCAGAUACCGCCUCUACACCUCAGCAGCCUGAGAAAGGUGCUGCGCUGAUGAUGAUGGGUUUUCCUUCGCGCGUCGUCGAAGACGUGCCCACAAUAUGUGCAUGCCACGGCAACCUGACACUCGGCGGCUACACGUGUUCGUGGUGCAGUGCGAAAGUGUGUUCUCUUCCAGUUACAUGUCCCAGUUGCCAACUUACACUCCUCCUCUCGACACAUCUGGCCCGCAGCUACCACCACCUCUUUCCCUUGAGAAACUGGGCUACUGUGUCGUGGCAGCGUGCACGCGAGAAGAACUCGAGAGACUGCGUGGGAUGUCUCACUACGUUUCCUGAAAUCCUAUCCAAACAGGAACUGGCUGCAAGGGCGCUGAAGAAGGAGAGGCAAUCCACAACUGGCAGCAUAUUGAACGGGCACACAGACAGGCAUAAUCAGAGGGCCAAUGGUGGACAUGACGAUGAUGAUGAUGAUGAUGAUGAUGAUGAUGAAGAAGAAAACGGAGACCAAAAGGCCAGCGAGAGUGCGAGAUACGAGUGCCGAUCUUGCGAGAGCCAUUUCUGUAUUGACUGCGACAUGUUCUGCCAUAUGGUUCUACACAAUUGCCCGGGCUGUUUGAGUAGACUGGAUCCCGGGGCGAUCGCUAACGCCGGAGCCCAGCAUGGAGAUGUAGCCAUGAGUGGGUGA